AGUCGACAACUGGAAUCGGAAACUGGAACAACUGAAGAGCACAGCCUCAACAAAGAGGCUCGGAAAUGGGCUACGCGGGUAGCCCGUGAGCACAAAAACAUCAUCCACAGUCAACGGACACUUGAAGAGCUAGAGUGCCAUGGGCCUGUGAUGUCUGAGCAAACCCGAGCAGAACUGGAGCAGAAAAUAGAUGAAGCAAGAGAGAGUAUUCGCAAGGCUGAGAUAAUUAAGCUGAAAGCAGAAGCCCGUCUUGAUCUGCUGAAGCAGAUCGGUGUGUCUGUGGAUACGUGGCUAAAAAGCGCAAUGAACCAAGUGAUGGAAGAACUGGAAAACGAACGCUGGGCCAGCCUGCCUUCAGUGACCAACAAUGGCUCUUCACACCUGAUUAAUGCUGAUGCAGAAAAGGAAGAAGGUGAAGAGUUUGAAGACAGUAUGGAUGUUUUUGAUGACAGUAGUUCUAGUCCUUCUGGUACUCUAAGAAAUUAUCCUCUCACCUGCAAAGUUGUUUAUUCAUAUAAGGCUUCUCAGCCAGAUGAAUUGACCAUAGAGGAACAUGAGGUGUUGGAAGUUAUUGAAGACGGAGAUAUGGAAGACUGGGUAAAGGCACGGAACAAAGCGGGUCAAGUGGGUUAUGUGCCAGAGAAGUACCUGCAGUUCCCGACAUCCAGCAGUCUGCUGAGUAUGCUACAGUCCCUUGCGGCACUGGAUAGUCGAUCACACACCUCAAAUAACUCCACUGAGGCUGACUUAGUCUCAGGCAGCCUGAAUGGAGACUCCAGUGUCUGUUUUGUAAAAGCACUUUAUGAUUACGAGGGCCAGACAGAUGAUGAGCUGUCCUUCCCGGAAGGAGCGAUCAUCCGCAUCUUGAACAAGGAAAAUCAAGAUGAUGAUGGCUUUUGGGAAGGAGAAUUCAACGGACGCGUUGGGGUGUUCCCAUCAGUAUUAGUUGAAGAGCUUACGGCCUCAGAAAAUGGAGAGACUCAGUGGAUUGGAGAUAUUCAGGUAUCCCCAACUCCGAAGCCUAAUAACGCCCUUCCACCGCUGCCACUGUAUGACCAGCCUCCCACUAGUCCCUACCACAGUCCAGAUAAAAGAGGUUCUCAGUACUUCCCCAGAUCACCGUCAACUAACGAAAACAGCUUCAGUUCAGAGUCCCCUGGAUUCUCACAGCCUCCGCGAAUUCCUCCCGAAACUUCAUACGGCAAACUGCGACCUGUGCGAGCAGCUCCACCACCCCCUACACAGCAUCACCGCCGGACAACAGAGAAGAUAGAGGACGUGGAAAUUACUCUGGUGUAAUGAUUGGACUAGUUAAGUAGUAGUGCUACAAUCAAGACCAAACGUGGUAUUUGGUCAAUCUUGUUUUUAGGCACCUUUGCAUGAUGAAGACUUAAUAGAGCAAGAGAUAGGGAGGAUUCUAUGUGGCAGUGACGUGGUGGAUUCCUUCCCACAGUCAUGAAUAUUUUGUGCCUUUUUUUUGUUUUGAUUUCUAUACAUCAUUCUUCCUCUCUUAGCACAAACCAAGACGGGCCAAACAGCGAGCAGAGGAUUGCCUUGGAGCAGGUUUCUCUCUUGGCUGAAGAUGGUCAAUUUUUAUACGGAGGCUGAGGAAAGAGCCUCAUUCAUGCAACUUAGUCAUAGCGUACUUCCAUCACGUGCAUUAGUACAGUAUAUUACUGUUGCCAUAGGAAUGUGUUAAAGAUUGUCAAUUCUUCAAGUAGCAUUACUUGUCUGAUUAGCUAUUAAUCAGAUCUUGCGGAAUGAAAAAGGGAACUGAAAAAUAAGUAUAAGGAGAGGCUGGCUCCUCUUUAAUCCCCUUGCAGAAAGGAAGAAACAGGAAAAUAAUCUUAUAGAUAAGGAAAACUGAUGCAGAUCAUAUGGCGUUAAUUACAUUAAUGCACACCUCUUCAAUAAUUAACAGUUAAACAGAACUAAAUGUUCUUUGUAUUAAUAUUUAUGCAGUACAUUUAGUAAUAGAGUAUCUAAUAUGGAGGUGCUGAAUUAGUAGCAACAUCUUGUUCCAUAGCAUAAACCAACUGGUAGAAGAG